UCUCCACCGAUGUGGCCAGCUUUGGGGAGGCAUUUCCCUCCAUCACCUGAUGCUUUCAUCAUUUUCCUCUUCUUGCAGUUUAAUGGCUGCUGAAUUGUUGCACAAGCUUAACUCUAUCUGGAUUAGGAUUAUAACAUUGUCUCGAUUAUAACAUGCUUAGCCACAGCAUUUCAGACCCCGUGAUUUUCAGAUAAUCCAUUGCCAGCCAUUUCAGAGAAGGUCCUGGAAUGUGAACAGUUAAUGGCUGUCAGAAAACAACAACAUUUGUAUGCAUUGGCAAGUUCGGCACAGAGGCUAUUGAAUGAUUUAUAUGGCACAGCAAUGGAUAAGAAGAUUAAAUAGGAAUUAACGUCAUUCUGUUUUUUCUUCAUGGAAUAAAUUGACAUCCAUUUUAAUCAGAACUCUUUGGCAGGUGUAUUGGUUUAGUCAGAAGAAGAAAUGCAGAGUCAAAACAGAAGACAACUUAAAAAGUGUGGAAAAUUACAAGAGGAAUACAAUGGCGAUCAUUCUGAACAAUCACAGCAUGUAGAGCACAGGACAACUUUCUAAAGGCUGUGGAUAGAAAAGUCAACAAGACAACAAGAAAUAACAAAUAAUAAAUGUGAGAUGGCCGGACAUUUCCUAGCCAGCAAUAUAAAGGUUGGUCGAUAUGCUCCUGGAAUUGUGGCUGAGAUGACCGUACCUGCAAAUGGAAUAUAUGAGAAUACCUCAUCCUUAUCUCUCUAGUUGUGAAGAUCAUGCUGCUGGCAUUUAAACUGCUGUUCUUGUGCUGGCUGUGGCCACAAGCUCUGCUACAUGGAAAUAUCUUCCACAACAAAAAGAAACACCCAGAGGUGCCUAUACAUGACCAUAAGCAGCAAGGCAGUCGUCCCUAUAUGAAAAUGAAGAAACUGGACAGCACCAAGUCAACUGUGAUAAAGUCAGAGCAGCUCCUCCGCAUUGAAGAGCACGACUUUGCAAUGAGGCCUGGAUUUGGAACUGCAGCUAUACCUGUUGGGAUUGAUGUCCAGGUGGAGAGUAUAGAUAGCAUUUCUGAAGUCAAUAUGGAUUUCACCAUGACCCUGUACCUUAGGCAUUAUUGGAAAGACGAGCGCCUUGCCUUCCCCAGCACUAGCAAUAAAAGCCGAACAUUUGAUGGACGUCUGGUAAAGAAGAUCUGGGUCCCUGAUGUCUUCUUUGUCCAUUCUAAAAGGUCUUUCAUUCAUGACACAACCAUGGAGAACAUCAUGUUGAGGGUUUAUCCAGAUGGAAACAUCCUCUAUAGUGUCAGAAUUACCGUUACAGCUUUGUGCUCCAUGGAUUUCAGUAGAUUCCCACUUGACACUCAGAACUGCUCUCUGGAGCUUGAAAGCUAUGCCUAUAACGAGAAUGAUUUAAUGCUUUACUGGAAGAAUGGCAAUGACUCACUAAGGACUGAAGAAAUCUUAUUAUCACAGUUCUUCAUCGAAGAGUUCAACCCAUCCAAUGGGCUUGCCUUCUACAGCAGCACUGGCUGGUACAACAGGCUGUAUAUUAAUUUUAUACUGAGAAGACACAUUUUCUUCUUCAUGCUGCAAACCUACUUCCCAACCAUGCUCAUGGUGAUGUUGUCCUGGGUGUCUUUCUGGAUUGACCGAAGAGCAGUGCCUGCAAGGGUGUCACUAGGCAUAACGACCGUGCUGACAAUGUCUACCAUAAUAACAGGAGUGUCGUCCUCUAUGCCUCAAGUCUCCUACGUUAAGGCAGUGGACAUUUACCUGUGGGCGAGUUUCCUUUUUGUUUUCCUUUCUGUGAUUGAAUACGCAGCGGUCAACUAUCUAACAACUUUAGAAGAAAUGAAGAAGCUCAAAACAAGAGGAAAGAUCCCAGUCAAUUUUAAUACUACACAGGCCAUGGCAUUUGAUGGAUGCUUUCAUGAUGAUGAGAUCGACCUGGCACCGUAUCCUGAAGUGCCCAUCACUACGGACGGGACGGAAAGAAGAAACUCUUCCAUUAAUUUGCCAGCUGAAGUCCAUCGCUUACGCAGAAAAAGAUCAUUAAAGCAAAAUGUCAGUUAUAUCAUGACUAACAGCCACAUCAUUGAUUCCUAUUCCAGACUCUUAUUUCCAUUUGCGUACCUUGUUUUUAAUGUCAUCUACUGGAGUUUGUAUACAUAAAAAUAGAAGAAUAAAAUGUUCCUUCUGGCUAAA